AUGGCAUACCAGGUAUUUGCAAAAGCGCAGGCGCAACAGCGAACAGUCGCAAACACAGCAUCAACAACCGCGACAACUCCACCCCGCUCCCCUCCCUCGUUGCUGGCCAAACAACCACCCCUCCAUCCUGCGCCUUUGGUUCUCCCACAGUCAGCUUCUUCUUCCUACUCGAAUACACAUAAACCCCCCUCUAUUGGCGAUCCAACAUUUUCCCCGGAAUCAUUCUCAGAGCCAUUGACUUCUUACCAAACUCCCCAUCCACAUGUCACCGUCGACCCAGUCCGCACCGCUCAUAUCCCUUCUCUGAGCCGCAUAACGGGACUGCUACUUCCUAUUCGAUACCCCAGCUCAUUUUACACGGCAUGUAUCACAGACCCGGUUAUUGCUUCAUUAUCACGCGUCGCGGUGUACCAUGAUCAUCCCGUCCCCAGCGGGCCAUCUACCGAGACAACAUUUGGAGGAGCACACCAAUCAACAACAUCAACAACUGGAGGAGGACUGGGCGGUACGGAUAAAGUAAUAGGAGGAAUCAGAUGUCGCCUCGAAAGACUCUUCCCUGAAUUCUCAGGUCUGAACGGACAAGAUAGCAGACCACCACCAACGAAUUUGUACAUACAGACUCUGCACUUACUUUCACCACAUCGUGGGAAUGGAGUCGCGGCUUCACUGCUUAACGCUCUAUUAUUCGCUAAACCGCCUUCGAGAGGGUCAAAGGCGUAUCGUGUUUCGCCUCUGGUAAGGCAUUAUAAUAUUCAUACCGUGACGGCUCAUGUCCAUGAGACGAAUGACGAGGGGCUGAGAUGGUAUGUUGCUCGAGGGUUUCAUGUUGAAGAUGGUGUUGUAAAGGGCUAUUACAGACGCUUGAACCCCGGCGGAGCGAGGAUCGUCAGGUUAGAUCUUGAUUGGGACAAUGAUGAGCAAGACGAGGAGGCAAAUACGUUGCAGCAAGACUCGGAACAAUCACUGCAGUCAUCGGAUGUCUCUAAAGCCACCAAAUCAGCAAACGAGGAACAAAGUGACGAUGACGAUGACUGGGAGAAACUCGAAGCCGAAGAAGAUGAUGACCACGGCGUCGUACACCUUACAGACAGUCAGCUCUUAGACGAUAAUUCCCCUACGUCAACGGCAUCUUCCGGUAAACGCAAGCGCGAUCUUGAACAGUUUCAGAAACGACAUAGAUAG